ACAAUCUGCAUCUUAGUGCAUUUUUAGCCUGGUUUAACCUCGGAGUAAUAUUUGUAUUGGUUAUAUUUAUUUUCAUACAGCUGCUGAUGUAAAACACGCAUAAAACUAAUUGGGUAGUAAAAAUAAAAUGAUAACAUAAAUUUAUUUUAUUAACCUUCUUUCAUCUCUUAGUUUGAUGUGUUUGGUGUUAGUCUAAUUUAAUUGCAUUACACUGCCAGCGCUAUAAUAAAUGUUAUUAAUUUGAUGUGUCAACCUAACUCUGUUAUCUCUACCGAACUUGCGCAGCAGAUUUAAACCCCCUCAUGUUGACGCUCGGUUGAGCCAAUCAGAACGAAGCUCCUCCGCUGGUCAGCCAAUCACAACAGGCGUCGCAGACUUCGGUGGUUUUGCAGCUGAAGGAUAAGUCCGACAGAAAUCAGACCGUCCUCCUCAUCAUGGCGUCUGGCGCUCUGUUCCCAAGCCUGGUGUCCGGCUCCCGCGGCUCCUCCAGCAAAUACCUCGUGGAGUUUCGGGCCGGUAAGAUGACGAUGAAGGGCAGCACGGUGACCCCCGACAAGCGUAAAGGUCAGGUCUACAUCCAGCAGACGGAUGACUCCCUCAUCCACUUCUGCUGGAAGGAUCGCACCACCGGGAAUGUGGAUGAUGACCUGAUUAUCUUCCCUGAUGAUUGUGAGUUUAAACGGGUCAACCAGUGCACCACCGGACGGGUUUAUGUGCUGAAGUUUAAAGCCGGCUCUAAAAGACUCUUCUUCUGGAUGCAGGAACCGAAAAACGAUAAGGAUGAUGAGUACUGCCGCAAAGUGAACGAGUACCUGAACAACCCGCCCAUCCCAGGCGCUCUGGGCAGCAGCGGCAGUGGAGGACACGACCUGUCUGCACUGGGAGGUGAGGGUGGUCUGCAGAGCCUUCUGGGCAACAUGAGUCACAACCAGCUCAUGCAGCUCAUUGGACCAACUGGACUGGGGGGGAUCGGCGGUCUGGGGGCUCUGGCCGGGCCGGGCUUGGCCAACCUCCUGGGCAGCAGCAGCAGCAGCAGCAGCAGCAGCGUUCCUGCAGUCAGCAACUCCACCACCAGUCCGUCCACCGCCGUCACGCCGACCUCCACCUCCACCCCCAGCCGGCUGGGCUCCACCCAGGUGCCCACCACUCCCAUCACCCCCCUGGCCACUUCUUCACCCUCCCCCACAGCCUCCACCCUCUCCAUCCCUGCUGCCACUGCUGCUGCAGCCGCAGCCAAUCCCACGCAGCCCAUCCAGCUCAGAGACCUGCAGAGCAUCCUGGCCACCAUGAAUGUCCCGGCCAGCAGCCAGGGAGUGGACCUAGCUAGUGUGUUGACCCCUGAGGUCAUGGCUCCCAUCCUGGCCAACCCGGAGGUGCAGCAGAGACUGACGCCCUACCUGCCGUCCGGCGAGUCGCUGCCGCAGAGCUCAGAGGAGCUGCACAACACGCUCAGCUCGCCUCAGUUCCAGCAGGCUAUGAGCAUGUUCAGCAACGCUCUGGCGUCUGGCCAGUUGGGGCCUCUGAUGAACCAGUUUGGUCUCCCAGCUGAGGCUGUAGAUGCUGCCAAUAAAGGAGAUGUGGAGGCUUUUGCCAAAGCAAUGGAGACGGAGACGGAGACGAAGUCAGACCAGGAGAGUGACUCCAAAGACAAGAAGGACGACGACGAAGACAUGAGUUUGGACUAAAUGCUCUUUAAAGAAGGCUAACACUAUUAUUUAUACCUAUUUAUUUACCUGUUGCUGCUUAGUUUCUGUUACUUAAAGACCUGAUGUGGUAACUGUUGCUCCAGCCUCAGCUGAUCUCAUCUGUAGACAUGACUCCCUGCCUGUCUCACCAUGUUAACUUGUCCUUAUCCCAGGAGGCAGUAAAGUCUAAAUUAAAACUUUGUUGAUGCUUUAAUGACUGAUUGUUUUGCAACAGAUUGGGUAAAGCUUGCCUUAAAUUGGAUUAAAAAUCCAUGAAUCAUCUGUUUACCUGAGAUUAGGUGGUGGAGGCAGAGGCUCCAGGAGGGAAAACCAAACAAUUUUCAGUUUUAAAAAUUGGGCCUCUGCCUUUUUAAAGGGGAAGUAUGUGUUGUUCAGGCACAUGGUGACAUUUUAUAGCACAAUCAAGUAAUGUUAUUACCUUCAGUUGUUAUAAAAAUGCUACAUAUGUCAAAUAUGACAAAAGAAAUUUGACUUUGUAAUUUAACUCCUUGAAAUUGGGCCUCUGCCUCUUUAAAAACUCCUGUUUCUGAAGGAAGCCAUUAUGACAUGGCUCCUUUAUGAACUCUUUAAUAAAGGAGCCAUGCGUUUUUUACCAGCGUUUCAGAAGUAGCUCCUAUAAUGAGCUCAGCUGAUGCGCAGCUCCAUCAGGUGUUUGCUAAUUGCUUCUGGCUAGUUUGAAGGAGUUUGGGGAAAAUUUGGAAGCUGCAGCUCAGAAUGAAGAGCUGAAUGGUUACCAUGGAGAUUUUGGGGUGGAAAAAGAUUGGAAAAACACAGUUUUCCAAUUAAGCUUUGUUUUGGAUUAGACCAGAGUAACUUUCUGUUCAUAAUCCUGAAAUAAUAAAAUAAACAUUUAAUAUGCUAGAUUUAAA